AGUUCUGUGUGGUCAGUGUCCUGCUUCCUCCUCUACUUUGGCCUCCCUUUAUACUGUAGCAUCUGAGCUGAGCAGCCGGCUUUCCUGAACCAGCCUCCCUUCAGCGAAUGGACUCUGUACUGAGAAUUUGGAGAAGAAAUUACAGCUGGAAAAUAUAUGAAAGAGGUUUUAAACCUACAGACUCUUCUGACUUGAGAAUCAGUUGUUAUAUUACCAGGAACAGAUAAAUGCAGAUGUUGAACCAUGUCAAAAAUCUUGUCAAGAGAGUGGAUUGUUUCACACAGAAACGAGAUGUGGCUUCUGAUUCUGGUGGCGCAUUUGUUCCAGAGAAAUGUGCAUUCAGGACAUAUGCCAACUAAAGCUGUGGAUCCAGAAGCAUUCAUGAAUGUUAGUGAGAUCGUCCAUCAUAAAGGUUAUCCCUGUGAGGAGUAUGAAGUCUCAACAGAAGAUGGGUAUAUCCUUUCUCUCAACAGGAUUCCUCAGGGCCUAGUGCAACUUAGGAGGACAGGUCCCAGGCCUGUGGUGUUACUGCAGCAUGGCCUGCUUGGAGAUGCUAGCAACUGGAUAUCCAACCUGCCCAACAACAGCCUGGGCUUCAUUCUAGCAGAUGCAGGUUUUGACGUGUGGCUGGGAAACAGCAGGGGAAACACCUGGUCUCGGAAACACAAGACCCUUUCCAUAGACCAAGAUGAGUUCUGGGCUUUCAGUUAUGAUGAGAUGGCUAGGUUUGACCUUCCUGCAGUCAUAAACUUUAUUUUGCAGAAAACGGGCCAGGAAAAGAUCUAUUAUGUCGGCUAUUCACAGGGUACCACUAUGGGCUUUAUUGCGUUUUCCACCAUGCCAGAGCUGGCUCAGAAAAUAAAAAUGUAUUUUGCUUUAGCACCCAUAGCUACUGUCAAACAUGCGAAAAGCCCUGGGGCCAAAUUUUUGUUGCUGCCAGAUAUGAUGAUCAAGGGACUGUUUGGCGAAAAGGAAUUUCUCUACCAGACCAGAUUUCUCAGACAGUUUGUUAUAUACCUUUGCAGCCAGGUGAUUAUUGAUCAGAUUUGCAGCAACAUCAUGUUACUGAUGGGAGGAUUUAAUGUGAACAAUAUGAACAUGAGCCGAGCAAAUGUGUAUGUCGCUCACAAUCCUGCCGGAACAUCUGUGCAAAAUAUCCUGCACUGGAGCCAGGCAGUAAAUUCUGGGGAACUCCGGGCAUUUGACUGGGGCAGUAAGACCAAAAAUCUGGAAAAAGGCAAUCAGCCAACUCCUAUAAGGUACAAAGUUAGAGACAUGGCGGUCCCUACAGCAAUGUGGACUGGGGGUCAGGACUGGCUUUCGAACCCAGAAGACGUGAGAACACUGCUCUCUGAGGUGACUAACCUCAUCUACCAUAAGAGCAUUCCUGAAUGGGCCCAUGUGGACUUCAUCUGGGGUCUGGAUGCUCCUCAACGCGUGUACAAUGAAAUCAUACAUCUGAUGAAGCAGGAAGAGACCAGCCUUUCCCAGGGAACUAUCAGCAUCGGCUUGUGAAGCAUCUGAUACUGACAAGCAUUCAGAAAAGCCUCAUGAAAGAUGGGACUGGGGACCAUGAAUGGAGGAUUUUAAAGAUUUCCAUCAUUGGAAACCUACCAUAUUACCAUAUUAGUAGAAGGGAGGUAGAGAAGGGAAGGCAGAGAUACAAUAUACAUUCCUUCAGAUUUUCUGCACAUGGCACUAAAACUGGCAUUUAAUCUUUUUCAAUUAAUUAAACUACUCACUGGGUGAACAUAGUUUUCAUGUGCUAUUAUGUAAUCUGCCAUCUUGUAGGGUAGGUUUUACCUGAUAGCUAGAAACUGUCUAGACAUUCUUUAUGUCAUUCAGAUAAAUUUCCUUAAAAUAUUUAUUAUUUUUGUCUAUGGGCCAUAUUUGUGGAGCAAUAAAGUAAAAUGAUAAAUUGGG